AUGAUAUAUUUCAGUUAGAAACCUAAUUUUCGGAGGUUUGAAAGGGUAUUUCUUAGAAAUAUUAAUCUAGAGCACAAAACGACCUCCUUUAUAAAAAGAUUCUUCGGAUCCUACAAUUAUUGCUUUCCAUUAAUAAAAAUCUUCAUUAUUAAAAAGGCUGACAGAAUAAUUUGGAGGUUAAUUUUUUUCAAUUUCUUCAAAUUCUCUUUUUAUUCUUUUAAGAGCCAUUGAUUUCAAAUUUUAUAUGAUGUUAAUUAAUUGA